AUGUCUACAGAACAGCCUCGUAUCCCAGAUCGCCCGGCUCUUGGCGAAUCCUGGGUCAUAGCAUCAACUGCUUCUCUUGAAGAAAAAGACCCCACCAAAACCCCAAAUAGCCGGCAUGAAAGCAAAGCAACCACAAAGACAGCCGACCCGGCAUCAGAGUCACUGGCAUCCUCCUCGUCAUCAUCAUGGACCAUAUCAGGCCCAGAGCUCAUCAUGCCUUCUAUCUGCGAAACGCCUAAUUCAGAAGGGUCAUGGGUGGAAUAUAUACGGACUCCGAAGCAGCAAGGCUCAGGAAGCAUGAGAAAACGACGCAAAGUUUCCACGCCGAACGGUGCAAAGCAGCGAGAGCAGGGCCGGACCGGCGCUAAAGCUGGAGAUGCAGAUGCUGGUUCAUCUGCAGAGACGACCGCAGAAGCAGGCCUAGUUGUGAAAUCCAAGUCCAUAUUUCGUGGCCAUACUGCCCUCGUCCGCAAAGCAAUCAAUACAGUCUUGAUCGCCAUCAUAUUGCACCUGCUAGUUCUACCCGAGGUAGUCUACCAAGCCGAAGACCUCUGCCAUAUCUCAAGCAUCAAGACACUCUACCCCGACAGCUGCAUCACCCGCCCGACAUACCCACCACGUAGCGCCUUCCACCCAUCGGCAAUACCCCCAAAAGAAAUACUCGCAAACUCCCAGCGCCAACUGGAAUCCAUAUUCGACACCGCCCUUGAAACCCUCACACCUCUAUCCGCAAUCCUCAAACAAAGCGAAAGCAUGCUAGCCGACCUAGAAUCUCAGCUAAAAUCAACCUUCCCAGACGCUCGCAACGCGCUGGACCUCGAAUUCACCGGCAGCAACCAAGCCGUACAAACAGCAGUAUGGGAGUUUGACUCGCUACGCGCAGACCUGCGCUCAGCAAUCGACAGUCUCCUCGCCUCACGGCCAGCAACCGAAAUAACCGGCACCGCAGCUCUAGACACUCGACUCGCGAUCCAAAUGCGACGACGCGAAGAGUACCUAGACCGACUGCGCUCGCAAAUCCGCAGCAAAGCAGACUCCCUCGGCACGCGAUUCACAACGUUAGAUGACCACCUCGAAGCAGUGGACGGGAUCAUAGCACGUGAAGAACGGCGGAGUCCAACAUUUCACAAGUACGGAUCUUCAUCUGACGAUAGCAGCAGCGACCGGCUAUAUUCCGUGCUCGACUCGCUCCCGCUAGGACCGUUCGGGGCAUAUUUGUUUCGGGGGCGAUCGACAGGAUAUGCAGAUUCCAAUCCGGUUGCAUUGACGGAGUCGUCAUCGUCUGCCGUGCUCUCCACUACCUCCACUGAACCCACACACACCCCCCGGCCCGCAGCCACUCUUGCCCUGCUUCGAGUCGCGGCCACGCACCAUCGUCCCGUUGCUGACUCGGUGUUGCGGUUAUCACGUCAAUUGAGGGAUGUGCAACGUGCGGCUGGGGGCCCCACUUGGUGA